GGUAAUUGGUACAACAACAAGAGUACUACAAGUCUACAAGUUUUCAACAACAUAGUUUUAAAACACAUCUUUAAGCUUCCAACGCAUGAACCCCUUAUUAUUUUUAAAAACCCAUCUUUAAAAUUGACCCAAUUUUUUAGGUUGCUAAGUGAUUUGAUCAAGAAGAGGUUAAAUUGAAGUGGGUAUGUUGUAAAAAAGCAUCUUUUGAAGAAUUUGAGUAAAAGUUCAAAUCUUUUUGCAUUUUCUUGUUGGGGUUUCAAUUUGCAUGGUGUAAACUUGAGUGUACAGGCAGUAAAUGUACAGUUGAAUUUCCCAAGGUUUCUUCAUAAAUGUUGCUUGGUUAUGUGUAUAAAUUGUGGCUUCUGGUAAAGGGUUAUUAGCUUGGAUUCUGAUCUUGUUGGGUUGUAAUGGGGUGUCACUGCUCGAAACUAUCAGUUUGUUGCUGGGAUGCCGGGCAUGAUAGAGCAAUUUCGGAGCCUGAUAAAGAUAAUGAACAGAAGGGUGAGGUCGGUGAUGUGCCUGCGUUUCGUGAGUACAGCAUUGAACAACUUAGGAUUGCUACAUCUAGCUUUGCAGUUGAAAAUAUAGUUUCUGAACAUGGAGAGAAGGCGCCUAAUAUUGUGUUUAAAGGGAAGCUGGAAAAUCAAAAGAAGAUUGCUGUAAAACGUUUCAAUAGGUCCGCUUGGCCUGAUGCCCGUCAAUUCUUGGAAGAAGCGAAAGCAGUAGGUCAGCUGCGAAGCAAUAGAUUAGCCAAUCUAUUGGGUUGUUGUUGUGAAGGUGAUGAGAGAUUACUUGUUGCAGAGUUUAUGCCGAACGAAACACUUGCAAAGCAUCUAUUUCAUUGGGAAGCACAUCCGAUGAAAUGGGCAAUGCGGUUAAGGGUGGCAUUGUAUCUUGCACAGGCCUUAGAAUACUGUACCAGUAAGGGACGUGCUCUUUAUCACGAUCUCAAUGCUUAUAGAGUUUUGUUUGAUGAGGAAGGUGAUCCUCGACUUUCCUGCUUCGGCUUAAUGAAAAAUAGUAGAGAUGGGAAAAGCUACAGUACCAACUUGGCCUUUACUCCACCUGAGUAUUUGAGGACCGGUAGAGUGACUCCAGAGAGUGUCAUUUAUAGUUUUGGGACGCUUUUGCUUGAUUUAUUAAGUGGAAAGCACAUCCCUCCGAGCCAUGCUCUUGAUCUGAUUCGUGACAGAAAUAUACAAACAUUGAUGGAUUCUUGCUUGGAAGGCCAGUUUUCAAACGACGAUGGGACUGAACUAGUACGUUUAGCUUCAAGGUGUCUGCAAUAUGAGCCACGUGAAAGGCCAAAUCCCAAGUCACUGGUUGCUUCUUUGGUUCCUCUUCAAAAGGAAACCGAGGUUCCAUCUCAUGUGUUGAUGGGGAUACCUCAUGGUGCAGCAGAUAUAAAUCUUUCUCCUCUUGGGGAAGCUUGUUCAAGAAAAGAUUUGACGGCCAUACAUGAAAUAUUGGAAAGUCUUGGGUAUAAAGAUGAUGAAGGAGCUGCCACCGAGCUUUCGUUUCAGAUGUGGACCAGCCAAAUGCAGGAUACUCUAAUCUCUAAGAAAAAGGGUGAUGUUGCAUUUAGACAAAAGGAUUUCAAGACAGCAAUAGAAUGCUACACUCAAUUUAUUGAUGUCGGAACCAUGCUUUCGCCAACAGCUUUUGCACGACGUAGUCUAUGUUAUCUCAUGAGCGACAUGCCACAAGAAGCACUCGACGAUGCAUCGCAAGCACAAGUUAUAUCUCCAGUAUGGCAUAUUGCUUCGUAUUUGCAGGCUGCUGCUUUGUUUGCCCUCGGUAAAGAUAAUGAAGCACAGCUGGCUCUGAAAGAGGGAUCAGCUCUCGAGAAGAAGCAUAGUACUUGAUAGUCGUAUUUUCGUGGGUCUAGUAUCAAUCUACAUGAAGUUGGUCAAGGAUCUACAAAACAGAUUUUGUGUAAUCAUCAUUCUUCACUUGCACUUUACAGGGUUGUUUGUUUUAGUGAGCUAAUGGGCAUUUAUUUCGAUUUUAAAGAGCGUUUUUUCGUUUUUUCGUUUUUUCGUUUUUGUGCAGAAUCGUAUAGUGAAGAUUGUAUUGUAUAGGUGAAUCACAUACUGCUAGUAUCUACGUUCCCUCAGGAAGGCCCUUUUGUUACACACAUUAUUUGGCGAACAUUCUUGCUCGACUUUGUACUUUCUAAACAGACUGAAAAAUUGAGUGAUGUGUUGAAUUUUACCAGUUUGACAUGGCUUUUGGUUUAG